UCCGGUUCGGACUCCUGGGUCCUGCGGUACGCAGCCAUGGCGUACUCCACGGUGCAGAGAGUGGCGCUGGCCUCGGGGCUCGUCCUGGCCGUGUCGCUGCUGCUGCCCAAGGCCUUCUUGUCUCGCGGGAAGCGACCGGAGCCGCCGCCGGGCCCGGAAGGAAAAUUGGACCGAUUUCCACCUAUGAUGCAUCACCACUCGGCACCCUCAGAUGGUCAGACACCAGGGGCUCGUUUCCAGAGGUCUCACCUUGCAGAGGCCUUUGCAAAGGCCAAGGGAGCAGGUGGAGGUGCUGGAGGAGGGGGUAGUGGAAGAGGACUGAUGGGCCAGAUCAUUCCAAUCUAUGGCUUUGGGAUCUUUUUGUACAUACUGUACAUUUUGUUUAAGCUCUUUUUGUUUUUUCAUUUAACAUGAGGUGUUCCGUGACUUUGAGGUUCUGAGCUGCUGUUGAUGUGCUGUGCCUCCUUCAUCCUCAGCUUUCAAAGGGGAAAACUGCAGAGGAUCGGAACUGCUCCACUGCCCCACCUGGAAACGCCCACAGGAAGAUUACCAACUUUGAGCUUGUUCAACUACAAGAAAAACUAAAAGAGACAGAAGAAGCCAUGGAAAAAUUAAUCAACAGAGUUGGACCUAAUGGUGAGAGCAGAGCACAGGCUGUGACUUCUGACCAAGAGAAACGAUUACUGCAUCAGCUCCGAGAAAUCACCAGGGUCAUGAAAGAAGGCAAGUUCAUCGACACAUCUCCAGAGAAGGAAGCUGAGGAAGCCCCAUACAUGGAGGACUGGGAAGGUUACCCAGAAGAGACUUAUCCAAUAUAUGACCUUUCGGAUGGUAUCAAGCGUAGGCAAGAAACAAUCCUGGUGGAUUACCCUGACCUAAAAGAGCCCUCUGCUGAAGAAAUUGCUGAACAAAUGGGAGAGAUAGAAGAGGAAGGAUCAGAGCGUUUGAGCUGGGAUCAUUUGCCCACUGACCCUGGAGCCCAGAAAGAUAAUUCUGUUGCCCCGUGUGAUCCCAAACCAGAAUCAUGCUCCUGCUGUGUUCAUGAAGAGGAGGAUCCUGCUGUCUUGGCAGAGAAUGCUGGUUUCAGUGCAGAUGGCUACAGUGAGCAAGAGGAAGCCACCAAGGAAAACUUGCCCCAGGACUUUACAAAUGAAGGGCUGGGAGUCAGCACUGAUAAUGCACACGUGGGUGGUAUGUUGAGGAAGCGCAACCCCCAGGGUUUUGAGUGAAAGCAGCCUGCUUGGGAAAGUAUCCAUUACUCUGUUCCCAUGGCACCUUUCCUCAGUUUCAUCCAUGGCCUUGUGCCCUCUGCAUCCUCUGUGUUCAAUACCAUAGCUCUUGGGCCACUACCAUGGAUACAGCUAAUCCUUCCCGGUGCUUGCACACCUGUCACUUUGUAAAGUAGCCAGUAGUGUGAACACGGGACAGAAUCACCUUCCUAGUCAUGCGCUUCCCUAUCAGAGUGUGAACACAGCACAGAAUCACCUUCCUAUUCAUGAGUUUCCCUAUCAGAGACACUAAUCCACUCGGUAAUUGUAUUUGGUUGUUUGUGCUUGCAGGUGGUACCACCUAGGCAAAUGUCUGACCCCUCCUCAUAGGAGCAACAGAUGAUUUACCUGUGAAUGAUUUAUUGAAUGGAUUUGUUAGGAUAGGAUGACCGUGAAAGAGAACUGGGUUAGCUGAUAUUGAGGACUUAAGUUUUAAGAAUGAAGAUUUUAGAUUCCCAAAUGCCUUAUUCUUUGGGCCUUCAGCUGGUUAGUGGUCCCUGAGAAGAGCAUGCUCAAUUCUGAGCCUAGGGGCCCAGAGCACAGCAAGAUAUCUGAUUGAGCUGCAGUCUCUCCUCACAGCCUUCUAAGAUGCCCUGACUCCUCCAGAGCAGCAGGCCAUGAACUCACGGGCCUAUUUGGAGACCAUUUUGCUUGUAUAUUCCCUCGAUCCCUGCUUCCUUUGUCUUUAUUCUGUUGAACAGAACUGCCAAAUCUAGAGGCAACUCUGAAUGUCUUCUGUGGCUAGAGGGAUUUGGAGGCAUUAAUCUGUGUCCCACAGAGCUGAAGUUUGAGGCUGUUGAAGCUACAGGACUGCUUAAGUAUGGUGGUCCUUCCAUGAGGAGCUCAAGUAGCCAGGAAACCCUGAGAAUUCUAACAAGGGUGUGUCAGUUCAGUUACAUGAAUUGAAAGCUGAAAGGCUGUGCAUCUCCAACAACAUUCCGAGUCAUGAAAUGGGAGACUCAAAAUUUAAGGAAUUCUGUGAAGCUGGAUAGUCUUUAGAGUUCUAUUGUGCCUGGCAUGCCUAUGAUGCCAGAAGAUAGUUUGGACCACUCAGGAGCGUACUGCCCUGGCUGUCAUCAGGUCUGAGACCACACUAAGACACUGUCAGCUACUAGAAAGCUUUACAUGUUAACGGGACUAGAGAAACACAAACGCUGCACUGUACCAAUCCCUGUGUAGAAUGUUUGAUUGAAAUUGUGCAGAAUGCAGUUGAACAUGUACUGAAGAUGGUCUUGACAUAACUAAGUGUAAAAAGCAACGCAGAUACUCUUGUUUGAGCAGAUUGUUUUCUGGAUGGUUCUGGCAUCCACCAUGAGAAGUUGAUUUAAGAUAGCCCCGUAUCACUGGUUCUAAUUUUUGUUCAUAGGAUAUAAUUCUGUUAUUAGAUAAGAACUUGUUUCCUUCUCAUUCAUUUGUUGGACAACGGCCCUGUGCUAAGUACUGAGUGUCUGUGCAUAGUCCAAUGCCCCAACUAAGAAGACUGAAUUUGUACGAAUUUCAGUUUAAUGUGCUAAUCUAACAGAUGCACUAUGGACCAUAGGAAGGCUAGAGAUUGUGAAUUCUUCAGACAGAUUUCCCUGCAAUUCAGGCUGUGGAAUUCUGGAUUGGCUCCUUAAGCAUCCCAAGCCUGGUUGGGCAUCUAUAAAGUGUGAGGGUAGUAAAAACACAGGUCUUACAGGGCUGUAAGCUGCAAAUGAGGUAGUCAGUGCACAUAGGGCAGCAUGCUUAUGUUGUUAGCUCAUGCAAAACAACAUAUCAUGUGGUAGCUGUUUUAUUCAUUAUAGUGUGGACCCUAAACUGUAGGAGCACAGAAGAACAAGAAUGUUCUUGCCAAGUACCAAAAAAAUCUCAGAGACACCUUGUGGAAAGCUAAAACAUGGCAAGAGGAGGAAGGACAUUUGGGCAAAAAAAGUAGGUUAGCAAGAACAGUGUGGUUGGUGUAUAGAUGGGUAAUCAGGUGAAAAGGGUUUAGCACCAACUCUAUCAUUGGGGAUUAGCUAUGGAAACAAUUCCUGCCAAAAGGACCAGUCCUUCAUGGUUCUUGCCACUCUACAUGUUAGUCUGCAUAUAGGAAUAUAUUUGUUUGUAUAUACCAGAAACUUUGAAGAACCUAUUAGUAAUUUGGAAUAUAGGCAUUUUUUCCCAGAAUUUUAUCUUUUAGAUAUGAUUUUUACAGGUUGACCAAAAUCAAGGGGCUUGGUUUCAUUGUAUGAUCUUCAUUUCUCAAUAUUAAGGGUUUCAUCAAGGCCUUACCAUUAGGUCUCCAGUGACCUAUGGGGCACCAUAGCAGUAGUUGGCCUAAGAAGCCACUGUACAUCACCUAGGAGUGUGCUUGGUAAGUCAGGUGGGUGAUCAGCCAGAAGACCCCUUAACACAGCUAUGGAACAAGACUGUGUGCCUCCUUAUCUCAAGGCCUGGGCCUGGGAGGUAUGCUGAAGAGUGGAGAUGGACUCAGCCUCUAGAAAUAAUGGCUUGAGAGAAUUAUGUUCUUUGUAUUUAGACUUAAGCAAUAAUGGUCUUCACUCAGACACUCUGGAAAGAAGAACCUAAACUCACGGCAUAAUUAAACGUUCUCAUUGUAUGGAAGGUAACAAUGCAGGAGGAGCAUGUAGUUGAGGGCAGUCCUUCAGGGCAGCAGGAGCCAGCGGGCAGGCUCACAGGGAGCUGAGGUGAAUGAUGAUACACAGCACUUGGCUUGUUUUGCCCCUCUUAUCAGUCUGGGACCCCAGCCAAAGGGAUGAUACUGUCCAUAGUAAGGAUGGGUCUUCCUCCUCAACUAACUUUCUUGUAAACACCUUCAUAGACAAGUAUGUUUUCAUGGUGAUUCUAAGCCCCUUAAGUUGGCAAUCAAGAGCAAACCAGAGGUAAUAGGUAUAAAUAAAGAUUUUCCUCUGCAUGUGUUCUACACAAUUGAGGAUUUUUUCUUAAACUUGAUGACUAAACAAACAAAACCUCUUCCCUUUGUCGAACACCCUGUAUAUGGUCUUCACAAAUGCAAUCACUACAGGAACCAGGCCAUGUUCAGGUAGGGAAUGCUUUUGACUCACAUCAAAAACACUUAGCUGAGUAGAUAAAUGAACCCUAAUUAUAGACCUGCUCUUAAAUUCUUUUUAUUUAGACAAUUUGUAUCUGCAAAGAACAUUUCAUAUGUCACCUAUUGGGCAGUGAUCAGGAAGGAUACUAAUCAACUAUUCUGUAAUCUCCUUAACCAUUAGCAUGUCUAAAACACUUUGUAGUAUCAAAAAACCAGGCCAUUCCUUCACUUCAAAGGGUACCACUUUCCUUAUGGAUGGACCAGGAAUCACGUCCACCUUACAGGACUGUUUCUGAAAGCUGCCCAGUGUGAAGUGUGCAAUGGUAGGUGCUUAUUAGCACAUCACUGUCUUGAAUCUCAUGCUUCUGGACUACCCAACUUGAUACUCUAUGGCCACUCUGCAUGCCAAGAAUGGUCCAGAGUCACUCUGAGGAGUUCUUGUGACUUUGUGAUGACUCCUUUUAGAACAACUAUAGGCUUUCAUCAUGUUGGCCUCAAAUCCACCACAGACUGAAAAAGGGUUCCCACUAUGUAAGAGUCCUGUUUAAAUAGACCCACCUCCAAGCAAGGCCUGCAGUCAUGUGGCUGGGCCUUUCCCACUCUUGAGUACUACAGCCCAGUUCUGUCCACAAGGGCCAUGUCCACCAAGCAUACUUAAGAACUGUCAGCCAGUUCCUUAAGUGACCAGAUGACCUGAAGUAUCCUCUAACCCUUUUUUCCCCAUGCUAUAGAUGUGGUUUCACAGGAGAAGGCAGUGCUGAUCUGUAUGCCACUCACUGGUUCUAAACGUGCUCUGGGCCCUCAGUUGCUCUUACGCACCUGACCCUUUGAAGCGCCUAGAAAGGACUGGGAUGGAGAACAUUUUAGGAGAGACAUGUUCUCUUCUCUAUGAAAACCAAGGACACAGCCGUCAAACAGUUCAAGUUUAAUGUGUUGAUACAUGUCUGUACUUAGACAAACACUAAAUUCUACAACAUACAUAAUGUCAUUAUGGGAAAAUACCAAGUUUGUCAUUGCACAUACCAAUAAAUAAAUACAUUUGCUUCAGAAUACCAAAAAGUUUAUUCAAAAAGUCACUUAAUAAAAGCACAGUUUUGCAAGUU